AUGAUGAUCAAAUGGUGUAGGUACCCGACGUUAACUGGAUUACUAUAAUACCACUUAGAUAUGCCCUCACCAUGCGCAGUGUGUGAGAUGCCGUCCAGUGGAUUGCACUUUGGCGUAUCCUGUUGCAGAGCAUGUGCAGCAUUUUUUCGAAGAACUCUCUCACUAAGGCUGAAGUAUAAAUGCCGUUUCUCUGGCUCUUGUGAGGUCACACAAAAAAAACGUUAUUCUUGCCGGCAUUGCCGCUUUGAGAAAUGUGUGAGGGUAGGGAUGCGGAAAGAAAUGGUCCAGAUGGCAAAUGUGUCCAACGUCCCAGAUCCAUACGACGGUGCAAAGCCAUCGUCAUCGAAUCCGGGAUCAAACGCUUCGUACUCGUCUUGCUCUCCACCGGAACCAGUAUACCGUAUACCAGCUAUAGUAAGAAAUGAUAACUACCAGCACAUACAGAAUGGUUCCUAUGUUAAUACUUCGUCGACGUUUCACUUUACGAAUGCGCAGAUGAUCUUGAAAGCGAAGAUAGACGUUUUAUUCGAUAUGGAAUUCAACCUGAACGCUUUCCCUUACGCCAUUCCGCUUUCGGUAUGCCAACAAGCAAUGAUCGCCUACGCAAAUCACUGCCAACACUGGCCUCAGUGUAGAAUUGGAAAGACCCACGAAGCCGAUGUUAUCGAUAUUGAGCACUUACUUCGUGAUACCUACAUCGAAAUAGAGUACCUCGCUGAAUUUGCCAUGUCCCUGCAACCGUUCAGUCAGCUUCCAAAGGACCAAAAGUGGCUGUUAUUUCGGAAUUUUUGGCCAGGUUUCUUCGAGUUAGACCGAUGUUUUCACACUUGCAAAAUUCUCGGCUACGAUAUAAAUGACGAACGUUCGGUGUGCUUAGAUGGGACCAUUGUUAAUUUCAAAGGACAUGUAGCUAGACUGGAUAUUGUGUCUGACCUAAAUGAAGAACAGAUAAAGAAGUUAAUGAGACCAACACAUGACUUAUUUCGUGAUCUCGUGACUGUUCCUUUUAAACGAUUGCGACCGAACGAGUUUGAGCUGCUCUAUAUGGUGAUCUGCUGUAUGUGGAAUGUAAAACAUAUUCCGAACGUGACCAAAGAAACCAUCAAUAUAGCCGAACAAGUAAAAAACCGCUUGGCCGAAGAUGUGCAUAGCUACUACACUUAUGAACUUCGAACGCCCAAUUAUGCUUCACGUCUUCAUAAAAUGAGCAGCAUUGUGUCGGCAGUGGAUAAGCUACAAGAGCGACGGAAGGAAGAUAGCCAAUUAUCAAGAUUAUUCAACAUUUUUAAGCACGAUAUAUUCAUGAGUGAAUUAGUUUGAGAAAGCAAAUGAGAUUUCUAAUUUCUACGUGUACAGAGCGAUAAAGAGUCUAUCAAAC